AGUUGUCGCGAGACUGGCCAGGCAUCGCGAGAUCUGUCUUCUCGUCUCCGAUGCCAGGAGCUCUUUCUGGGCGCUAUGGGAGGACUCUGGCGUGGGGCAUGGAGGCGCGUUGCCUUCUGUGGUUGGCGCUGGAGUCACCCUGGGUCCCCGACCAAGGUUGCCGAGAGCGCAGAACCGUUUCUCAGGCCGGGAAGGAGUGGGACAGGAAGUGCUAACAGGGGGCUGAGGCGGCUUGGGACAUGGAGGCGCCCGAACCCGGGCCCAGACCUGGCCCUGCAGCCGCCACGGCGGCCGAAGAGCACGAACCCUUUCACACGCGCGCAGGAGGAGGACUGGCGGCGUCGGAACAAGACGGUCCUCACGUACGUGGCCGCCGCCGCCGUGGGCAUGCUGGGGGCGUCGUACGCCGCCGUGCCCCUUUAUCGGCUCUAUUGCCAGACUACUGGUCUUGGAGGAUCAGCAGUAGCAGGUCAUGCAUCAGACCAGAUUGAAAACAUGGUGCCUGUUAAGGAUCGAAUUAUUAAAGUCACCUUUAAUGCAGAUGUGCAUGCAAGUCUCCAGUGGAAUUUUAGACCGCAGCAAACAGAAAUAUAUGUAGUGCCAGGAGAGACUGCACUGGCGUUUUAUAAAGCUAAGAAUCCUACAGACAAACCAGUAAUUGGAAUUUCUACAUACAAUGUUGUACCAUUUGAAGCUGGACAGUAUUUCAAUAAAAUACAGUGCUUCUGUUUUGAGGAACAAAGGCUUAAUCCACAAGAAGAAGUAGAUAUGCCAGUGUUUUUCUACAUUGAUCCUGAAUUUGCUGAAGAUCCAAGAAUGGUGAAUGUUGAUCUCAUCACUCUUUCCUACACUUUUUUUGAAGCAAAGGAGGGACAGCAGUUGCCAGUUCCAGGCUAUAAUUGAAGUCAGCACCUAAGUCCUGCUUCAGAUUUGUGAUUUUUGAAAAAUCAUGUAUCUACUCUUCUCAGGGGAGAAAUAUCGUACAGUAAUGUGAAGCUCUUUUAAAUAUUAUUUAAUGCUGUAUUUUUUUUUUCUCAACUAAUUUACCCUACUUAAAAUUGAAUGGUUUCUAUCAUAAGGAAUCCACAUGCCUAUUUGAAUGUAUGACUAUUCAGAGCCAUAGAGUAAUAUAAGUAAUACUAAAAGUAAUAUUGGUAAGUAAUAAUAAGAGAAACUCCUGUUUCUUAAAUAUGUAGGCAUGGACUUGAUGGUUCAGAUUAAUUCUAUUUGCUCCCCUUACAGAUUAUUAGCCCUUCAUACUUGUAGCAGUGAAUAUUUUUGUUAUUCCUAGGGUUAUCUGUUUUAGGCUCCAGGUCUUCUGCCCAUUUUUAUUAUUUCUAAAAUAGUCGGGUUACUGCUUUUUUCUUUUAUUGUGAAUAGUCACUACUUUAAAAGCUCACAAUGGAAGAAGAAUCACUGAGCCCUAACAGCUUGCCUAGAGGUAACAUACUGACUUCAGAUUUGACUGUUUGUCCUUUAGGCCCUAGGGCUAUUUUAUAUUCUGAAAUUCUGGCAUCAUGAAAUGAAAUAAAAUGCACAAAUAUAUUAACUAGGAUCAUAGCAUUUCCUUUGAUAGUUCAAGUCCCUGAAUGUUAAAAUAUAAGUGUGGAAUUGUGAAGACUCAUAUCAGAAGUUCUAUGAAUAAACUCUGUUAAAAGAAAAAAUGUAUUAAUUGUUUUAAUAGGAAUCUGCCAUUGUAAUUUAUGACAUAAAUGAAUGCACAAUUUAUUCUAAAUAUUUUCUAGUAGUGUUUGUUCCAAAUAGAGAUCAUCUAGUAUUACAAAGAAUUGUAUUUAAAGGCAACUUUAAUAAAGAGUCCAGUGACCUCUUCAAGGUAUCUGAAAUGUAAACUACAAUCAUGAGGGCUUUCACAAGUUACAAUUCUAAACAAGUAUUAUUUAUAAAAAGUACAAAUUGACUUUUACAUUCAACUUAGUUAAAUGAAGGCACUCAAUAGUCUUAAUUAUUUUGUAAUAAAAUAAUCUUCAUCUACUCUUA